AUGACCGGUGGGUGAUCCUCUAUUUUGCCUACAGAUGAGAACAGAAGCUGAUCGUCACAGGCGGUGCGUCCAUUCCCUUGACAGGUGGAUCAACCGAAAAUACAUGAUGCUAAAAACCCCACUGGACAGCUUCACUUUGGCUGUGCCCCCCGGCAGGAAGUCCUAUCGAGGCUGCUCUCCGGAAGCUCAUCGGUGUAACUAUUCCACCUCACUUCGGCGAUGAGAAGGUACCGGCCUUCCGCCCACACAUGACAAUUACUUCGGACAUUCCGGACAACCUGGAUCCCAAGGAGGUCUUGGGGAAGAUUUCGCUGAGUGGGUUACUGGAGGUUAGCUUCAAGGAGCUUAAUAUCGGGUAGGCUUCUCUCCAAAGAGAUGGGGGUGGGUUAUGUUAAGGUCUUUAGGAAAACCUACUAUACUCGUGGGACCCUCCAUCUAGAACGCACCCCAGCAAUCGUUGGCCUAGCCAGGCAAUGCCGGGAAUUGUUUGCUAACGGUGGGACGGAAGAGGAGGCCGUGGAUAAAUGGGAGAAGGAAGUCUUCACGCCCCACGUUUCAUUGGUAUAUUCCGCCAUGGAACCCAUCCCAGACAACAUGCGUAAGGCCAUCGGGAAAGACCUCCAAGAGGCCAAUAUCGGGGUAUUGCACUGGAACGGCCCAAAGGGGGAGAUGAGGGGCUGGAAGGGUGGUAGCAUUGUUCUGGUAGUGGUUUUCAUUCCACGGGGAAUGCGUUGGGAAAAUAUUCUGACAUCUGAUAGGUCUCAACUCACAACCCCAUUGAAGAGUGGGAGGCCAUGGCUGAGAGAAGGCUGUAG